AUGUUAUUUUCUCCUCUCCUGCCUUUUACCAUAUCUUUAUUAGACCGUUGGAAACUCAAAUCUUUUAAAGAUACAACUACUUUCAAGAAUUUUUCCUCAAAAUCAGACUGUCAAAGCUUCAAAAAUCCUCCAUCAAUGGCAGAGAUUAAUGGCUUUCUUCUUCAACAAAACCAUAUUCUACAAUACACCGUUCUUGAUUCCAAAUCGCUGCUCCUCUCCCAAUUUUCUGAUUCUAACCAACCACAGUUACUGCAACUCACAGCGGACAGCCUCAUUAUGGAGAGAGGUCCCAGAUAUAAGGAAUACUCGGAUCUCAGAGAAAAAAGACUAAGAAAAAGGGGCGUGAUAGAGCCGAAAAUUCCCAGAAAAGAAGAACAUGUUCUGACCCCGCCAAAGAAGCAGGUUAAAUUCCUAGGGAAGUCGAAUUUCACCACACCACCAAAAAGGACUAAAGGGACUUCAAUUUUGACUCAAUCUGUGCCGGAUUUUUCAUCUGCUUUGAGGAAGGAGAAUCGGAAACCGCCAUCAAUGCUGACUCCGGUGGCGGAGAAGUCCUUGACACCACCGGCAGGGGCAAAGAGUUGGGGGCUUUAUGGGAAAUUGGGAGGCGAGAGUAAGUCGGUGAAUUCCAGUGAGAAGAGGAGUGGUGGAAUUAUGACCAGGAAGAGCCAUGCGAGUAUGGGGGAACUGAAAGGAUUCGGUACUGCUGCUAAUAACGCUACCAAUGAAGGAAACAGGGGAGGGAGAAUCGGUAGAACUCUUUUUGGGCAAAGACAGUUUUGA